AUGCCUAACUCAUGUGCUCUCACACCUUUCACCGCAAAAGUUUGCAGAUCCAAACAAGAAAAAGCUAAAAUGGAAAAACGCAUGACAGCUGACUUUGAAACCGAUCUGAGCUUAUUCAUUGUUUCUAAAUACAAUACAAUACAUACCAAGAAACGCCCUUGUAACGUUAAAUCUGCGUGUUACUUCGGAGUUAGGAAAGAAUCUCGAACUAGAUUUUUGGAGGAAUGCUUAAUAGAGUUAUUAAAAACUUCUCGAAAUUUAAAUGAUCCUGAUAUUUGGGAAUUUUUAUAUGCAAAUCUGCAUAAUCUGCAUAAUCCGGAGAUUUCAUUUAACAAAGUAUUCGAUUAUUACACAGAAGAGAAUAAAAAAUCAAAUGACUUAAAUCCUUCAGUAAGAUCAUUAAUAUUUACUCCAAAAUUCUAUUACUGGAAUCUAAUGAAAUUUGGAUCUGAUUCGAGAUUAACAACACGAUGUUUUGAAGAAAUAUUAGACACCUUUGUUAAUUUAGAUAUACAAAUUCAACAAAAUCCCGAUAACGAAAUGUAUCAAUUUUUAUUUAAGUCUACAUGUGAUAUACUUUUUGUAUACUGUAACGUUAAGAACUUUUUCCGUCCUUUACAUUUAGAAAAACUAUCACAAUGUAAAAAUAAUGAUAUUUUAAGCAUAGUAUUUGAACAUUAUUUGCCCCUUUUAUUUGGUAUAGAGAUAACACAAAUUUCAUUACCAUUACCAACAACGGAGGAAUUUUAUAUACAGUACACAUCAAGUUCAAAUACUAAAAGAAAAAGUCCUAAACAAGAAUUGGAAGAUUGGCUUUCAAUACUGCAGGACACAUAUUUCAAAAUAUAUUAUGGAUCAAUUAAUACGACGGAGGAAUUUAAACGAUAUUUAUAUAAUUUUUGUGAUGAAAAAUUACAAGAAUCAAAGUUUUUUAUGAAUAAGAAAAAAU